AUGGCAAGGUACAUUGCUCUCCGGCCGAUGACCUUGUUCGGUCUAUCUGCUUUGAUGAUCUUCUACGCACAUCUCAACUUUUACGAAGAUAAGCAGCGGCCUUUCAACACCUUGUACAGGUUGUUGGGUAUUUCGUACAACUCCAAUGGGUCAGAGCCGUUUCUGACAAUUUUUCGCGACAAGCAUCGAAAGUCGUUUCUUCAUCAACGGGUCGAGGAAAACCCUCUAACCUACAAGUACUUGCACGUCUACAUGGCCGUAUUUUGGAGCAUCGUGAUGCCUUUGCAGCACAUCGACUCAUUUCGAGUCAAGUAUCCCACAGCACACCGUGUUUGUGGAUACUUGACUUUGACUGGUUCAUUUCUGCUCGCCGCUACUGGGCUCACAUUCCCGUUUCGAGGCUUGUCGUAUUCCUUGCCAGCUUCUCUCUCCUUUCACUAUGCUUUUGGCAAGUGGUAUCUGCCAUUCAUCACGUUUAACCAGGGUCUCUUUUUGGUAGCUAUCCCGCAGCUUUUCACGCUCUACAAGACGGUCAAGCAUGCCAGGAGGCGGGCCUUUGCUAAGCAUCGGUAUUGGGCGGUGUUGCACACGACAAGCUGCUACGUGAUACACCUUUUCCGAGUCUACCUGGCCAUCGCCUUCAUGCUGGGUACCGUGCUCGCGAAAUCACCCUUGGCCUUCCAGACAGCUCUGGGCGUUCCGCAAGGGCUGCAGGAGAAGGAGGAGGCUGAGCGAGCAGUAUUCGCUUUCUGUACCGUGCUUGCUGGUAUCACAGGCUUCGCGUGGACGCGCAAAGUCCUCAGCCAAUCACCUAAACAGAUGUGA